AUGGAAUUACUUGCAAGGCAACAUACAAAUGGACAUGAGAAUAAUGAUGAUGGUCAAACUACCCAUCAACUAUUCAUCAUCAUUUUCUUGAUCGUUAUUGCCAUCUUAUUGGCUGUUUCCUCUGGUUUAAUUUUACGCACUUGGUAUUUACGUAGAAGAGCACUCCACCUUGGUUUACCCACCGAUCAACCCCGCAUUUUCCCUUUCUUCACCAAUCACACUGAUCAUCCCAACAACUCCACUGAAAUGUCAAAUAUAAACAAUUUAGGCAAUAAACCCGAGUUGUUUGAGGUUUUUAUUGAUAAAGACUCUCGCUCAAAUGUCGAUUAUCAAAGACCUUUCGCUGCGACAAUCUCGGUCCCGCAAUCCAUGACUCAUAUUUUACAAUCUUCUGACAACUCUAACGAUGAAAAUAAUCCCAGCCCCGGCUGGCUAAGCGCCGCUGCUCGUCUCGCCCUUUUCUCUAAACCGAGAUCCAGAUUCUGGCCCCCAAUUUACAGAGGCAGAGACGACCAAUACGAGCGCAGACAACGUCUUCAAGCCCUCGCGGAUCUCUCACGUCAACGUCAAGAGGAUGAAAGACAGCGCAGACUGCAACUCGAAAAUCCCGUCAAAUCACUCCCUCCUCCCAUAAAAAACAACGUCUCUAACCCUACAAUUAGCCUCUCGAUGCUCGUCCAAUUACCCACAAAACCUCAAGAAAAUUCUCAUCUUGAUGACCUCCCUGACAUAUGCAUAGGUCUCACUGAAUCUAAUCUAUCACACAACUCACCAACUGACAUUGAACAUUUAGUUAGCAUCUAA